UGGGAAAAAAAAAAACCAUAGUCAGCACUCCACUACUCCGUAGUACGGAGUAAUUCUGAAACCAAAAAUAAAAAAUAAAAAUAAAAAACCCCCGUUUUUUUGACGGAUCGCAGCAGACUCAACUUCGAUGGCUUCAUCGGCGUCGUCUUCUUCCUCCGCAAACACUCACUCUCCUGCAUUUAACAGCACUUAAUAUGAAUCCAUCAAUGGCGAAGCCAAAUUGGAUUCUCUCUCUCCUAAUACUAUGCUGCUUCAUCUUCCCCUCCGUCCUAUUCGCCACCAUUGAAGAAGAAUCACAAAAGGAGGAGUUCAACGAAGAACUGCUACUCAAACCUCUGCCCGAUCGGAAAGUUCUAGCUCAUUUUCACUUCGAUUCGAAAGCUAAUUUCUUCUCCUACAAUGGCGGAUUUCAUCUCCACCUCUUUCCUAAGGCUAUUUAUCAGCUUGUCCAUAAAUUUCAUGUCAAGGAAAUGGAGCUGUCUUUCACCCAGGGUCGCUGGAACUAUGAACGCUGGGGUGGAUUUGAUCCUAUUUCAAGUAGUAAUGCAAAGCCUCCAGGAGUAGAGUUAUGGGCAGUUUUUGACGCACCACCAUCUCAGGUCGAUGCUUUAUGGAAGAAUUUAACUCACACUCUUUCGGGUCUAUUUUGUUCUUCGAUCAACUUCCUUGAGUCUUCAACUACAUAUUCUGCGCCUGACUGGGGAUUUCGGGCAUAUUCAGGCAGUUUGAGGUAUGGUACAUUGCCCCGUGAAGCCGUUUGCACAGAGAACCUGACUCCAUGGCUAAAGUUGCUUCCAUGUCGAGAUAAGGCUGGCCUUGCUGAACUAAUGGAUAGACCAUCUAUAUAUCGUGGAUUUUACCAUUCUCAGAGGCUGCACUUGGUUUCUAGUGGCUUUGGUUCGAAUAGCGUUGAUUCAGAAAUUGAACUUGAACAAACCCUUACUGUUGUUCUACAGCCUUCUACUCAAAGAUGGGCAACGAGUUAUAGCACUGGUUCUGCAAUGCAACCAAGUUGGUCCUUAAGAACAAUAUUUGGAAGGGAAAUCAACAAAAAAUGUAUUCUUGCCAAAUCUAGCAAUGUGUACCUUCAACUUGACAGAGGCCUAGUCUCUGAAAUGAAAAAGAAAGGAUUUCGCCCUGAUUUUGCAACUUCUGAUAUUUCCAUCACUAAUCCAGCGUUUGAAUUGUCACCUUCCCCUGAGAAAAUGAUUAGAGAAGUUGAUAACUUAAAUGAUGUGGAGUCAUCUAUUCUGUAUGUGUUUGUUAUCGAGAAAUAUGUUGAUGCUAAACCAUUUGAUUUAGUACUAACUUGGAAACUUCCUGUAGCUUGGUCUUGUUCUCAAGCACCAUUACUUGCUAAUAGAUUCUUGAUGGGAAGUGGUAAUGAAAGGGGUGCUAUAGUUAUCUCACUGAAAUCUAUUAAUCAUCAUCAGAGUUUGGUGGGUACUGGUGCUUAUGGGGAAAAGUGCAACUUGCAUAUCAAUGUUUUUCAAGUUGUCCCUUGGUAUGUUAAGGUUUAUUAUCAUACAUUACGUAUAUACAUUAAUGGUCAAGUUCAACCUGCUGCAAACGUCACCAGGAAGAUGCGAGUAUCUCCUUCUGAAGACAAGGUUUCUCCUGGAGCAUUGGAGCUUGCCUUGGCAUUUCCCUGCAGUAUGAAGUCAGCCGAGCUUUCUCUGGACUUUGAUAAGGGAUUCCUGCACAUAGAUGAAUACCCACCAGAUGCAAAUCAAGGCUUCGACAUCCCUUCAGCUUUGAUCAGUUUUCCUGAUUUCCAUUCAAGUAUAAGCUUUGCUGAAGAUUCAAGUUUGUCCCCUAUAUUAUCAAGAUUGAAGAAAAGAAGUCCUGCCUUGGCUUAUACAGAAGUGUUGCUCGUGCCGCUAACGACUCCAGACUUCAGUAUGCCUUACAAUGUUAUCACAAUUACUUGUACAGUGUUUGCUUUAUAUUUCGGGUCACUGCUCAAUGUACUUAGAAGGCGGGUUGACGAGGAGGAAAGACGGUUGGAAGAAAGAGCCAAGAGGAAGAGUGGCAAGCUCCGUCAGCAGUUACAGAAGUUGUUUGCCAGAGUGAGGGGAAGACCAUUGGAGCAGCAUCCGAAUCCCUCAGCCCCAUCUUCAUCAAAAACUAAUUCCAAGCUUAUUAUGAAGGUUGGAUUGAUGGUUUUAAUUGCUGUAGUUUGGCAAUAUUACUUGAGAUGAGUAGAAAAUCACCAAUUAAAACUGUUUUUUUCCCUUCCCUUUCUUCUUUGUACUACGUGUAUCUGUUAAAACAAUGUUGAUAUUUGAUGUAGAGAUGAAUAGAAGUAACCAAUUUUGUUUUUUUUUCAAAGAGUGGCUACGGAGUCGAUCAGAAGUCCAA